CGACAGAUUUUUACCUUGUCAGCUUGGGGAUUCAAUCUAUCAACAUUUCGGUUAGUGGCCCAACGCUCUAACCACUAGGCUACCUGCCGACCCCAUAGGUCAACUCAACUCAUGAAGACUAAGUCUCAAAGGGGACUCAUGAGCAGGCUGAACUUUGCAUGUUGCUCCACAGCCUCAUGCUGUCUGGCUUAUCAGCCUCUGGCCAUCAACCAGCAGCUCACACUGUCGACAUCAAUACUUCAAAGGCAGAACCAGGUUAUAUGGCUGUAAUGACCACAGAGACGGUGUGCUACCUGGUUGUUGAAAGGAAGGAGUGAUGGAGUCUUUCCCAGGAGAUGGGGAGGGCAGCCCCGAUGACCUUACAGGAGGAAAGAGGAAGUCUAAACUGAAGACCCUGAAGAUACGUCUGUUUGGGAGGACCAAGCGAGAGACCAAAUUCAGCCAGUCUGCUAGUGAUGUCACUGAGGCGGAGGGGCUGGGCUCAGCGGAGAAUCUGUGUUCAGGCGUUUUGGGAUCACGAGCGAUGUCACAUGACAGUAUCUUCCUGCCCGACCAGGAACUGUCUAGUCCGGAGCAGCCCAGAGUUCUAUCCCAGGAGAACGUCCAAGGCAGGAUCAAAGAACUCCAGAUGAAGCUGCUGCAGCAGAACAUGCGUCUAGGCCCGCCCCCACUGGUUCUGCCAAUGAAACAUCCCAAGGACCUGGGGGGCAGCUCAGAGGACGAUGGUCUGCCCCACAGCCCCCCUGAAAUCUCCAUAGGCAACAACAUGGCCCCCAGGGGGUUAUCUUACAAGGCCUGCUCCCAACCCUUGUCCCGUCCCCUCUCCCCCGUGCCCAAACCUCCUCUUACCAACUCCGCGCCCCACACCCCAUCUGCCCCCCAAACUGCUUUCUCCCCUGCCCCCCCUGCCUUGGACUUCAUCACCCCAGCCCAGUUCACCCCCUGCCUGGAUAACUCUGCCGCCCGCCACCGCAUGUCCAUCAAACCCAGGAACCAGAGAGCCAGCGCCAAGAACAAAAGGCUGAACAUGACUGAGUCGAGACCACGCUCAGAGAGUCUCAACAACUUUGACCAACAGUUGACUGAAGAAGAGGAAGGUCCUGCCAUUACCGGGGGGAGAACACGUUUACGCUGUCACUCUACCCUGAUCCUAAAGUCGCAACAAGGGGGGUCGACCACCCCCACUGCACCCCCAGAGCUGACACCUCUAAAGUCGAGUUCCACAGAUUCUGAGGGGUCCCCCAAAAAACCCACUCUCCCCUGCAAGCUCUCCCCACAAGAGCAGCCCUAUCCUGGCGUUCCAGUUGUCUCCCCUGCCCCUGUGACCCGCCAGCUACCUGGAGCUAAACAGCCACAGCCCUCAUCUGUGACCACAGUUCAGGACCUGAGAUACACUCCACAACAACAGACCCUGAAACAGUCCCUGGGAGACCCCAAGCCCCCAGACCCAUCCCAAACCAAGAGGGACAUCCUGAGCAAGAGUGGGGUACCGAAUUCUACCCCCAGCACUGAGGGUAGCCCCAAAGAUGAACCACUCCUUUCUGCCAGGCCCACAGCUAGCCUGACCGCAGUGGUGACUCUCAGAACGUCCUCUCUGAGGAGCAAGACAGAUGCUAGGGCUGGUGGUCAGAGUACCACACAGCCACCUGCAGGCCAGGAGGACACAGGUCAGGCAGAGCCAAUGUCCACUGGAAGAGCUCCGAAGCCAGGCUCCGGGCCCUUCCUGUUCUCCAUCAACUCAGCCAAGGGGAGAGAAACACCCAGGAUGGGAAGUGGUGGUUUCUUGGUAGUAGUGGAGCAGGCUGGGGAUGGGGCGAAGAGGGAGGAGGGGACAGAGGUAAAGUUGAACCCCUCAAACGCCAGCCAGAGGGGGCAGGAGCAGCAGAGGGGCAGGCGGGAGAGGGACAAGCCCAAAGAAGAGGAGUUGACUGCCAUCGAUAUGGAGGGGAAAGUCUCGGAAGGGGUGGAGGUGGAGAACAGUGAGGGAGUGGAGGAUGCAGUGGAAGCAACGGAGGAGACAGAGGUAGAUGGGAAAAUUGCAUUUGGCAUGAACCUUCGCUCCAUCUCUCUCUCUCCGAGGGUACAGGCGGAGGCAACCACCAGCCAAUCAGAUCUCAAGAUAAAGCGUCACAGUGCGGAGGCGGGCGCUCUCCUUCUUGCCCCUUAUACUCCCUCCUCAAAUCCCACCGGGCUUGAGGGGCUUCGGGACACCCCUCCAACCAGGGCUAACUCCAUGCCCAAAAAGCUCUAUACAAACAACUGGGUUUCCCCCACAACACUGUCUUCAUCAAGAGGAAGAGCUGGCUCCCUCAGAGAAGCAGAUACAGCAACCCCCGUCCAGCCUACCCCCUCACCUCUCAUUAAAGAGGCCCAAACCACUCCAGCUACACCUAAAGAGGACCAAACCCUCCCUGUCCUACCCAUAGAAGCCCAGGCUACCACCUCAGCCCCUCAGAACCCCCUGACUGCUCCCCAUGCGGCACCCCAGGCUGCCGUAUCGUGGAUGAGCAUGGCAUGGGGGAAGACCAGGGGCCUCCAGCAGCUCUUCACCAGCAGUUUGCCCAGAGAGUUCACCGGCAUGCAGUCCCCAACUCAACCGCAGGCUCAGACCACAACGCAACCACACACACCGUCACUGGCUAGGAUUGUGAUGCAAACUCAGAGACAGAAUGCAACACAACCACAAACGACAAUGCCACCACAGGCUCAGACCACAAUGCAACCCCUGACUGCUAAACUACUGGAGUCACAAAAUGCAGUGAAACCACCACAGACAGCAGCACAAGCCCCCACACAGACCACAAACCUACCAGUGACACAGACCACAAAACACCUGCAGACCACCAAAACACCACAGACACAGAACGGAACACAACCACAAACAAUGACACAACAAUCAACACAGAACUCAAAACCAUCAACACAGACGUCCAACCAAAUCAACACUCGAGCAGCACAACCAACCGCAACUCAACCUCUAGCCCAGUCUACACAAUGCUCCGUGUCUCAGGUGACCCCACAGUCCAGCCGACGAGCAAACCAGCCCACCCUGUGCCCCACUCCACAGACCCAAGCUCAGAUAACACUACGGAUCUCCCCAAUGGGUGAAACUUCCACUCAGCCCCCUUGGAGCGCACUAAAUCUCAACCCUAUCCCCCAGCCCAAACCAGCCUUAGCUCCAACAGCAACCCCAGUCCAACUCCUAGUGAGAGGUGAGAAGAUCCCUGGCGACCAGAGGAAUAGUGAGGGGGCGGCUGUGUCAACAGAGAAGAGGGUGGACCGGGACAGGCCAUCGACUGUGGGAGGGACGGCAGCCUUUUUGGAGAAACGGGCAGAGUGGACCCCUCCUGCUGGAAGCAAGGUAGAGCUCAGGAGAACCAGGACCCCACCUGAGUCUCAGCCCACUGCUGAAUUGGCUGCUCCUCCCAAAGCCACACCCAGUCACAGAGAUGCUAAACUCGACAGGAGGCCAGAAUCGAGCCCAACCAUAGUGGCAGGCAGACUUGCAGACCGAGAGGACAAAUGGUUGAGGAAAAACAUGCCAACUUCAUUGUCUCCAUCAUCACCUUCGUCAUCAUCCCCCUUGCAGACCAUUUCUGACAGCGGGGGUCAGCCAUCUUGGAUGGAACUGGCCAAGAGGAAGUCAAUGGCCUGGAAUGACAAGACCAUGGACUGAUAGAAUAAGAAAGAAAGAACGGAGGGGGAGUGUCGGGAUAUGUAAUGUGUAUAUAGAGAGAUGAAAAAGAGAAGGGGGAGUUCCUUAUUUGAAAGCACUUAUUGCUAAUUGCUCUGGACAAGAGCUCCAUUGUAAGUUGUGAGAGUGACAGAGGGAGAGGAACAUCAACAAUGGUAGUGACGGGAAUGUAUAGAGACUGAAGGACAAAGUGAGAUGUUGAGUUCAUUGAAGUGGAAUUUAAUUGACCUUGGAAGCAACAGCUAUUGGCAAAACAUGCUUCCCUUGAAUGUACAGACGUGCUGUUUGCAAAACAAUGUUUGUAUUUCAUGUUUCUUGUAUGGGAUAACUAUGAAGCUGAUUGGUUUCCUGUCAAUAAAUUCUUAUGUUUUGAGUUUUGAUCCAAACAUAUUUUUUUCCCAAAGUCUGGGCUUAUGUUGGGAAUAAUUCAAACAAUAUUAUCUUCAAAUGCUUCAUCAGAAAUAAAUUAUUUAUAUGA